AUGAUUUGCAACGCGUGCUCAGAGACAAUCCAAAGCAUCUGGGAUCCCUCUAGCCCAAGGCGACUGCGACGUGCGUGGGAAGAGAACUCCGAUGAUAAGAAUCUGCCCCCUGACCAUCCAGACAACUACAUCUUUGCGCACCAUGCCACAUCUGAGUCUCUAUCGCGGGCUAUUUCCGACGGGUGCACCAUUUGUAAGCAUAUAGAGGCGGCAGUUCUCGUAGACGAGUCUGAAUUCGCUCAGUCUGGAUACUUUCGUCUCCCCAAAUACGACCAGCCCGGAUAUUUUUCUACCCUCGGUGUUCGAAUCGAAUUGCGCAUGCUAUAUGGUCUUACAGAGCAGCAGGGAUCCCUUAACGAGUGUCUAUACCCAGUGGAUAAGCCGACGCUCACACUCAGCGGAUCGACUGGUGAUGCCUCCGCCCUACUCUUGGUUAGGCGCUGGCUGGACACUUGUCUACAGACGCACAAAAGCUGCAACAAGAUCAUCGGGCAGCAGUCUUUUGUUCCGCCCCGGCUUGUCCAGCUGGAUGACGCUGCCGAGUCCUUCCGAGUGGUGCUUGCUACCGAGUUGGCUCCAAGCACUCGCUAUGCCACGUUCACCCACUGCCACGACCCAGAUGACGAUGGAAUCAAACUUCUUGAGUCAACAAUGGGGCACUUGUCAUCUAUGCAACCCCUUUCUACUCUACCUCGGUCCUACCGCGAUGCCUGCGCGGUGGUUGUCCAACUCGGCCUCUCGCACAUCUGGAUCGAGCGCCUGUGCGUUAUCCAGGACAGUCAAACUGAUCAGCAAGCACAUCAGGAUAAGGUGCUGAGGCGGGACAUCUUAUCCAAAGGUUUCUGCGGCAUCGGUGAUGCGGGCUCGACUUCCUCAUUCUCCGGCCUUUUUACAAAAUUCGAUCGAGCUCCUCUAGCUCCUGACGUCUUUCUCUUCCAGCCCAAAGCAGAUGUGCCACCCUCCCCCCAUGUGCUGCUCAGGGACAUCGCCACAGAAAAGCUGCGAGCGUUUCGAUACGAGCCGAUUUCGGAGAGCGUUCAAGCGCUACGUGACCGCCUCUUGGUACCCCGGAUGGUGUACUUUGGCAGUCAGAUGCUGUUCUGGGAGUGUCACGCUGCUCAUCACGACGAGCUUGCCAACACAACAGCGGCGGAGCAUGGCCCAUUCAUCGUUGGGAGGGAGGGCGAACUAACACCGAAUGCCAGCACGCCAGUCGUCAAGCUGUGGAAACCGCUCCUUGAGUAUUCCACGCAUCACUUCAAGGAUCCCGUCGACCAGAUACUGGAUCGCUGGGCCUCGUUCGUGACGCAGUUUUCGAAGCUGGAUGCUGGUCCGUUAGAGAGAUUGCCUCUGCUUGAGAACCUGGCUAUGGAGGUGAGGCAGCUGCUGGCGGAGCACGGCUGUGAGGACACCACGUACCUCGCGGGGCUGUGGAGGGUGUCGUUCCCCACGGCGCUCCUGUGGCUGACUCAGAAGCCAGCGCAAGAACCACCAGCUGCUCCCUCUGCACCCUCCUGGAGUUGGGCCUCUGUGGAUGGCGAGGUGCUUCUCAAGGAACCCAGAGACAGCUGGAGAACGGGUCUUCUAUGCGAGUUUGUGGACUGCGCCGGCACUUCAGAUGAUAGCUCGAGAACAACCGCCUCGGCCAGCAUCACCCUCAGGGGAAAGCUUCUCCGCGGGAGACUAGCAUUUUUUCCCGACACACUUAGAGCGGUCGGAUGGAUGUGGAUUCUGAGCCUUGGCGAUGCGCAAUGUGACACCGGCUUCCGCCUGGAAAACGGCCCAGUCAAGCUUCCCAUGCACAAAGAUUGCUCUGCCAGGUUUGAUGUGCAGCAAAGCAUGACAGAGGAGGCCUUGCUCUUACCGUUGAAGGCCGAAACGGAAGAUUACGGGUCGUUCAAACAACACAUGUUGCUUGGUAUUAUUAUCUCUCGACUUGGCGAUGGCAGGUAUGUCCGCCAAGGCCGCUUCAGAGUGCAGACAAAGACUCUAGAUGAGGCCUUACAUGCAUUUGAUGAUGUGCCACUUUCUCAAAUUGAGAUUGUCUAG